AUGGCUUCGUCAUCGAAUUCUCCAUGUGCAGCCUGCAAGUUUCUGCGGCGAAAAUGCCAGCCUGAAUGUGUCUUUGCUCCCUACUUCCCACCUGACCAGCCCCAAAAAUUUUCCAAUGUUCAUAAAGUUUUCGGGGCAAGUAAUGUCACGAAGCUUCUCAACGAAUUGCACCCUUCUCAGCGCGAAGAUGCUGUCAAUUCCUUGGCUUAUGAGGCUGACAUGCGCCUCCGUGACCCUGUUUAUGGCUGCGUUGGUGUCAUUUCACUCCUUCAGCACCAACUUCGCCAACUGCAGAUGGAUCUUAGCUGUGCAAAAUCCGAACUCUCCAAAUAUCAGAACUUGGGUAUCACUGGCCAUGCUGGACUAAUUGCAGCCGCAGCAGCUGCAGCGACAGCCACAGCUACAACCCAUCACCACCACCAUCCGCAAAAUCUUGGAAUCAAUUUGAUUGGAGGUGGAGGUGGAGGUGGAGGUAGGGAUCACCACUACCACCACCAGUUUUUUCCACGGGAUCAGCAACAGAUGAUGAGGAGCUUCGAUUCUGGGAAUAACUAUGAUGCAAGCCUUCUUGCUAUGAAUGUCUCUGCAAGUAUUGGACAACUUAGUCAGUUCCAGCAACCUAGAGCCGCUACUGGAGAUGACCGCCGCACCAUUGACCCCUCUUAG